AUGUCAACGCCACAGACGCUCACGCAGACGCUGCCGCCGCACCAACAUCUCGACCACCGCCAGCGGGCGUCUGGCUAUCUGCCCUCGCCGCAAGACCGCUACCUCCCGCCUCCCAGGCCAUCGAGCAACCUGAGCAACGGCUAUCACCACAAUAUCCCGACCCGGCCCUCGAGCAACUUGUCGAGUCGCCAGCUUCCUCCUCCGCCGAGGCCUGCCAGUGGCAUGAGCAACGGUGCAUACUCGCACGCCCACAGCCAGUCACGAGCAGCUGAAUACGGCUACUCCAACGGCAUCACCCAGCAGCUCCCGCAUGAAGAUCUAAGACGCACGGAAAGCAGAUCCGCUCAACAGUUACAGCAGAGACAACUUCCUCCUCCGCCACCCCAGCACCACCAGUCGGCAAGCACAUCACGUGCGCCAGCUGCUGUUGACAUGCCGGCAACCUACCACAACCAUGCUCAACAAUCCGACAGCGCAGAGCGAGGGAGGAAGCGCAACAACAAGUCUCCUGUCGAUUGGGUCGCAUUCUUUGGUGGGAAGCCUCCAGCUGAGAUCAUCGAGAUUCACGAUGAUGAUAGUCCGGCACCUCCAGCGACGAUUCAGCGACCUCAGCAGCAACCCACCACCAAUGGCUCGAGUAGCUCAGGGCAUGUCGAUAAGAAGCGACGUGUGCACGGAGGCAGCGGUGAGGUAGCGGCGUACAGCAACAGCAACACGCCAUACACAUACUCGAAUGGUGCCUCGACGGAAAGCUUACAAGCCACGACCGCACCCACAUCCCUAGCAUCACAAGCGAGCACGGGUAGCAAAUACGACACGACACAGACCGGACAGAAACGAAAGCGCACUACGAGAGGGUCAGAUGCAGCGCUGAAGAAGCAGGAAAGUGAGCGAUCCGGACCCAAAGGUUACCUCGCAGAGUACGGCGAGUACGUACCUCCACCCAGGCAGGCCAAGAAACAGAAGGACGUUCAGGUGCCUGCCAUACACGACCGUCACAAGCCUACUAACAAGAUUGACGAUGAGGAUGGCCAUUACAUCGUGCAAGAGAACAGCAGACUUGGCGAACGAUACAGUCUCAUAUCAUUACUCGGCCAAGGUACCUUUGGCAAAGUUGUGCGUGCAGUCGACAUCAAGACGCGGAAGGAGGUAGCAGUCAAGAUCAUCCGAGCAGUGCCCAAGUACCGCGAUGCUAGUCGCAUCGAGCUACGAGUCCUGCAGACCUUGCGUGCUGCCGAUGAACACAACCGAAAUCGAUGCAUUCAACUACGAGACUGCUUCGACUGGCGAGGGCACAUCUGCAUCGUGACACCUCUGCUUGGAUUAUCGGUCUUCGACUUCCUUAAGAGCGGCGGCUUCGUGCCUUUUCCAGGCUCACAUAUUCAGGCAUUUGCACGACAGCUGCUUGGCUCUAUCGCAUUCCUGCACGACCUCAACCUCAUUCACACCGACUUGAAACCAGAGAAUAUUCUACUGCUCAACCAUACGUACCAGACGUUCACCUACAACCGCAACAUCCCAUCGUCAAGUACUUUGACCUCGAGGUCAGCGAAGUUCAGGAGGGUCCUGCUUAGCCCUCAGAUCAACCUCAUCGACUUUGGUAGUGCUACGUUCGACGACGAGUAUCACUCCUCUGUCGUCAGUACGCGGCAUUAUCGCGCACCAGAGAUCAUACUGGGCAUUGGUUGGUCACACCCGAUUGACCUCUGGUCACUCGGCUGUAUCCUAGUCGAGUGCUGGACUGGAGAUGCGCUCUUCCAAACUCACGACUGCUGCGAACACCUCGGCAUGAUGGAAGCUGUCACUGGCAAGUCAAUUGAUCGUCACCUCAUCCGAGAAGUAUCGAAAGUCUCGAAACGAAACGAUCGUAACUCGGCAGCCCGCUUCUUUAAAAACGGACAACUCAACUAUCCCCUCCCUGACACCCCGCGCCAAUCUAGGAAAUUCGUGCGAGGGAUGAAACGGUUGGAGGACAUUAUACCUCAGACAACACCGUUCAACAAGCUCUUUUUGGACCUGUUACGGAAAAUUUUCGUGUAUGAUCCGAAGAAGAGGAUCACGGCGAGAGAGGCGUUGAAUCACGAUUGGUUCAAGGAGUUGGUUGAGGAUGAUGGAACGGAAGCGACGAGGAUACGAAUCGAGAGGGAGAGGCUAGCGGACGCGAAUGAGAGGGGCAGAGGUAGCCGGUAG